AUGCCAAGACUUCGGGAAGUGUGUUUUGGUGUGUUGUACCUCCUCCACCUAGCAUGGACACGAUGCAUCCACAGUAGCAGCGAUGUGUUUCUCAGUCAGCGAUCUUCAGACUCAUUUCUCUCCCGGUCGCUGCUGUAUAACAGCUGGGAUUUUGAAAUGGUCGUGCCUGAUAAUUUGGAGAGAGAGUGCAAUGAGGAAAUCUGUUCCUAUGAGGAGGCUCGAGAGGUUUUUGAGGACGAUGUAAAGACGAACGAUUUUUGGAAGAAGUACAAGAACAGUCAUGAUAACUCUCCCAAGCUGGACGUGGCCGGUCUGGUCGCUGGGAUCGUAGCAGCCGUGCUGUUGGUCCUUAUAGCCGUCGUGCUCGGCUGCUACUGCUACAAGAACAAGGGCAAAUCCACGAGGCAAGAGGGCAGAAGCGUUCCAGUGCAAAUGGAUGCAGACGCGCAUGCAGCGCCGGAGUCGGUGCCUCUGAGUAACAUAAUUGCUCCAGGUCUGCCCAGCUACAACGAGGCCCUUAACAGCAGCGGCCAAUACGACGCACCUCCACCGCCAUACUCAGGAGAACCAGCAGCUGCAUCUGAACAAACACCAAACCCAGAGUGAACGUGAACUACAGAUUAAGUGCUAGACUAGUAGAAAGGAAGGAUACUGGGUUGGUAUGAAGAUUUUCUCCUGUUUUUAUACUUUAGUGCUUAUGAGGACAACAAAUGUCAAUCAAUUGACUAUUUAUUGUCCAGGUAGGAAACAUUGCUAAUCAGCUUUGUGAAC